AUGAAUCUUUUCCAGGAGAUCUUGCCGGGAGUUAGAGAGGUCCUCGCCAACGCUUCGGCCGUCCAAAUUCAGGUGCUGCUGAACCUCAUGGCAGAGUCAGGGACCAUCUCCCAGGAAUACCACCAGACUUUGCUCCAUGAGAAAGACAGGGAGGAUCUAGCUAGGAAGAUUUGUCUGACCCUGGUGGGAAGGCAAGACGUCCAUCAGGACUCCUUUGCUUCUCACUCCAGUUUGCAGUUCUGUGGCGACAACCACGGAGAUGCUUCAACCGGGACUGGAAGCUUGGGUGACAGCACAAUGAGCUCAGGAAUCCAGCCGGCGAAAGGGUACCUGGACUUACUGCACAGUGACACGGACCCCCUGAUUCUGUUCAAAAGCAUCGAGGAGGACCAUCCCUCAGACCAUGCUCCCGAUGCUACUCUUGAUGACCAGGACAACAACCCAGAUGUCUUUUACACUGUGGAAAGCAAUGACAGCGGGGAAGAGGUUUGCCUGCGUUCCAGUACCAGAGAAGCCUACGAGAAAAUUGCUAAACUAGUGGAAUAUGUGCUCGAAGAAGAACCUGCAGAAGACCUUUUUGCAGGAAGCCUCGAUUCAGAUGAUGCAACGAGCGAAGGUUGUUCAGAGCCAAAGAAACAAUGUCUCUGCUCCGGAAGUUCCAGCCUGGCGGCAUCCCCCAUGGACACGUCUCCCGCUGAGGCCGUCUCUCUUUCCAGCGUCCACGUGCAGUUUUCCUUGACCACCAUAGCCCCUGCUGGGAGACUUCCAAAGAUGUUCAGGCCUCCUGACCCGGUUUUUGAUACAAUGAUCCUCACCUUUCUGCCGCCUUCUCCAGUGGUGAAUUUGCCACUUGGACCCGCUGUGUUGGACAUUAACAUCUGUCCAGCUGAAGAUGCAAUUUAUAAAGCGCCUCAAAUCCGACCUCUUCCUUCUGAGAAAGCUUUCAAAAGACCAGAUAUCGUGGACACCUUUUCCAUGCGGUUGAAAACCUCCUUCGGGGAGAGGUGCCGAUUCGUGCCCUCAGAGCAGGACGCUCCCGUGGACUCCCUGUACGUCGAAUGUGACAUGGUGCGACGUCACAUCGAAAACCGAAGUGGGAGGAACGCAGACCUAAGGAUCUGCGACCUCGAGGAGAAGGAGAUGACCACGGUGGAGAGUCUGUUCCAGAUGCUUGAGAAGCAUGAACUUGGGAGCAACAAAGUGUUCCUCGUCUUGGGGAAGGCCGGGAUGGGCAAAAGCCUCCUGGCUCAGAAGAUCUGUCUGGACUGGUCCCAUGGCAAGUUUGCCCAGUUCAAAUUUGUCUUCCAGUUUGACUGCCGGCAGCUGAGCCUCCUCCAUGGGAAGCACUACAGCCUGCGACAGCUGCUGUUUGAAUUCUCUGUCGGUUCUCAAAACAGAGCGGACAACGAUGUCUACCGAUAUCUGUUGCGGAACCCAGACGAGGUCCUCCUGAUCUUUGAUGGCUUUGAAGAGCUGCAGGAUCUGGAGGGUUCCUCUCCGUGUUUGGACAGCCUGCCCCGUAAAGAGCCCCGGGGCACCAGCGCGAUCUUAGCCGGCCUCUUCCAGAAAAAGGUGCUCAACGGUUGCGUCAUGUUGCUCACGUCCCGGCCCAAAGAGAAGCUGCACCAGUAUCUACCCAGGGUGGACAAGUGCAUGGAGCUGAUGGGAUUCUCCUUGCCACAAGCCGAAGCCUACCUGGCCAGGUACUUUGAAGGAUCCUCCUACUGCAGGGAUGCCGCGAACCUCAUCAAAAGCUCUCCUUAUCUUUUUAGCUACUGUUACAAUCCUGACUUGUGUAGGAUUGUUUGCUUUGUGUGCAAAUCUGCCUUGGAAAGUGGGGGUGGCGAGGUCCCUUCCAGCCUCACCGGCCUGCUGGUCAGAUUCUUCCUUCAAAAACUUGGGCCCUCAACAAACGAAGCAACAUCCCCAGAACACCAGAACAUCUCCACGUUAGCCCAGGUUGCCUGGUCUCUUGGGCAAGAUCCGCAUAACGUCCUGACAAACCUUUCGUUCCCGUCCGUCAGAGCCAAGGAAGCAGCUUUGAAAUGCGGGAUAUUGGUGCCUUUGGCAUCAAGCAACGGCAGGGAAGGAUGCGGUUAUGUCUUUUCCAGCUCUGUGGUCCACAAUUUCUUGGUCGCCCUACAUUUGGUUCUCGCCCAAGAGAUUAAGGACAAAAGACUCACCAAGCACCUUUGGGUAGUGUCUAAGGCAAAGAAGUUUCCAUAUUCGUGGGACCUGGUGCCUCGUUUCUUGACCGGCCUGCUGUUCCUCCGGGGGGACCUCAGCUCUUCCUUCUUCAGAGAAGAGGGGGAGAUGGACAUAGAGAAAAUGAUCUCCAAGAAGCGGAGGAGCCUCUUCAAAUAUAUCCGGAAGCUUGAGAUAGUCAACCUCAGCCCAGACAGGCUGAUGGAGGUUGUCCACUGCAUCCAUGAGACAGAAGAGCCAUCUCUUCUGCAGCAUUUGGCGCUGAGGGUCAGACCGGCCCUCUCUUUCCUCGGCUUCCCCUUUGCGCCUCCUGAUGUCCACAUUCUGCUUUCUGUCUUGAGAAAAUCCACCAAGGAGUUUGCUUUGGACUUGAGAGGGAGCUCCGUCAGUGCGGAAGGUCUCAGGAACCUGGUCUGCCUCCGGAAUGUCACCUCGUACAGAGCGUCACUUGGGGAAGCUGUCCAGCUCUGGGAACACUUGUGGGAAACGACGGGAGGAGAGCAACUGCGGUCGGCCAUGGAGAAAUUCACCAUCAACCCUUUCAAAGCCCAGACGGUGAAGGACGUGCACAACCUCUCUGCUCUUAUGCACAUGCAGGAGAAAAUGAGCCACAGCAAGGCGGGCCCCUCCGGUUGCAACACCAGAGAGAUUCCGGCAGUCGCAGAUCUUCGACACCUAGAAUUUGCGCUGGGACCCACCUGUGGCCUGGAAGGGUUCAAAAAGUUGGUGGAGAUUCUGGGUGCGUUUCCAGCUCUCCAGCAUUUGGACUUGGAUUCCCAAAAGGAGAACGAAAUUGGAGACGAAGGAGUGGCCGCCCUCAGCGACAUUCUUCCUCGCUUAUGCUCUCUGGAAACUCUGAACUUGUCACAGAACAAGAUAACUAACGUGGGAGUGGAGAAGCUCGCCGGAGCUCUGCCUUCCCUGCCUUCGCUGAAGACCCUGAGUGUGUACAAUAACAGCAUCGGUGACGCUGGAGCAGAAAACUUUGCAAAAGCGCUCCCAGAACUGGCCUCUUUAAGGGAGCUAAACAUCCAGUUCAACAAGAUAACUGCGGCCGGAGCCCAAAGUCUGACCGACAGCCUGAGGAAAUGCCCCCACAUGCAGAGCAUGGCACUCUGGAAUCCCACGAUCCCUCACGGCGUUCUCGAGCACCUUCAGCAGCUGGAUUCUCGAAUCAGGUCACUGUAGAGCCAGGCAUCUAUCCCUGGCGGACGAGAAACUGACAAACGGUGUACUGUCGAAGGCUUUCACGGCCGGAAUCACUAGAGUGCGGAGGGUUUUCUGGGCUGUCUGGCCGUGUCCCAGUAGCAUUUUCUCCU